UCCCACUGCAGAAAAAACGCGUCGUCGACCCGUCGGGUCGGUCGAACAAAGACGUCGACUAGAGCUCCGCCCAGACCGCGGAGUUUGGAUAUUACUUGUGUUGUCGUCGGGUCAUUCAUCGGGUGGCAUGGCAUGUGCAAAAAUACUUCAAUAGCAGUCAUUCCUUACAAGUUAGGUUUGCAAUUUCGUCACGGUUUCGGUAAACAAAUUAAAUUUCGAGGCUGAUGGCUUGGAAUCUCAAAGACGAGAAGGAUGCGGAGAAGUAUAUUGAGAAUCUUGGGACAGAGUACAGAUUUGGAUGCUUUCAUGAGAAAAAGCCGGAAGUUUGCCACUUGCUGGGCGAUUUCAUGGAGGCUGUGAAAAAAGACUGGGCGAAGGCUGCCAGGGUGUACAAAGUAAAUUGUGAAGAUUACAAUUAUGGUCACUCGUGCUAUAAACUUGGAAACUACACUUUUAUGGGGAAAGGAGAAGUAAAGAUUGACCAUGCCUUGGCUGUUACUUACUACGACAAAGGGUGUGAGCUUAAUUUUGCGGAUGCCUGUCUACAUGCAGGUCUCAUGCGGAGUGCACAAGCCUCACAGGUGCCAAAAGAUCCUGUUUUAGCCUUGACGAAAUUUGAAAAAGGAUGUUCGUUAAAUAGUGACAUGUGCUGCUUCUAUCUAAGUGGAAUGUACAUUUCUGGGGUUGACAAUUCAGUGCAAAAGGACAUGCUUAAAGCUUUCGAAUUCUCACAGAAAGCAUGUCAUCUCGGCAAUGUCUAUGCGUGUUCCAACUUGUCACAAAUGUACAGAAAGGGCGAUGGAACACCCAAGGAUGAAAUAAAGGCUGAUGAGUACCGAAAAUUAGCAACUGAAAUGCAAGAUCAAGUAGUAAAACAGUUUAGAUCUAUCAAAUUUGAGGAAGGUGGUUAGUAAUUUAUCCCUCGACCCGUAAGUAUUUUAAGAUUGUAUAACGACCUAGUCUUCUAUUGAAAAAAAUUAUCCUCAAAGGAGAAUAUAUUAUGCAUAUGUUACGUUAACAUUGUUAACUACUAGUUUUGUAAUAAAGCAAAUCAAAAUGGUACUUGAAAUUAA